AUGUUAAACAACGUAAAUGAUGUGUCUAUAACAACAGAUAUGUGGACAUCUGAUUCCACAAAAUCCUAUAUUACUGUUACUUGCCAUUUUAUUUACAACGAUAAUUUAUACUCGCCAGUUAUUGCUACCAGAGAAGUAUGCGAAAGUCAUACCGGAGAAAAUAUUGCUUCCGCACUAUCAUAUAUUUUUAAUGAAUGGAAUAUAACUCACAAAAUAGUUACAAUAGUGUCUGACAGUGGAGCAAAUAUAAAAAAUGCUAUAAAUGAACAUCUGAAAAAAUAUCACCACCCAUGUGUAGCUCAUACCUUAAACCUAAGUGUUAAUGAUGCCAUAAAUAAAAACACAGAACUUCUCCAGGUAUUAAAAACUUGUCGAGCUAUAGUGGGUCACUUUAAACACAGUAGUUCUGCAACUGAGAAAUUACGUGAAUUUCAAAAACAGAUGGGCCUCCCUGAGUUGAAAGUUAAACAGGAUGUGAGCACUAGGUGGAAUUCAUGUUUAAUUAUGGUUGAGAGGCUCAUUGAAAUAAAAAAUCCAAUAUCUGCUGCAAUGUCGUCUCUCCGACGGGCUCCAAAUUGUUUGACUGCGACAGAAUGGGAUUUAAUAGCAGAUUGUGCUCCAAUUUUAAAACCAUUUGAACAUAUGACGUCAGAGUUGUCCGGAGAAAAAUAUCCAACAUUGUCCUUGGUAAUACCACUAAUAAGAGGUCUUCAAUACACAGUCAAAAAUAUAAAACCAGAUACUCAUGCAGGUAUAUUGCUACAAAAUACAUUAUUAGAUGUAGUAGCGAGGCGUUUAGGAUCUCUAGAAAAAAAUAGUAUAGUAGCAAAAUCGACUUUCUUAGAUCCGAGACUUAAAAAACUGCAUUUGGACUUGCUGAUAAUGCAGACAAUACUGAAAAAUGGAUAA